ACACGAUAGCUUGAUAAGAGACAUGAUGGGAUGAGAUCAGAUACGACUACGAGUAUGAGCUGAGCACGUUGUUACGCUACAUAGGCAGAGGCACAAGUUGAGCUUUUCUGGUUUUUUCUUCGUCGUCGUGUUGAUACUUAUUAAUUCGAGUCGUCUGUGUGAUUUGUAUCGUGUAUAUUGGGCAUCUUUGUGAAAUCGUUGAAUAUUUUAUUGUGGCAAUAAUAAGUGAAGAUAAUAAUACUCGUUGUUAUAAGUAGCCCAAGUCGUCGAUGUGUUGUGUCUCGUUACCUAUACCGACAUAAAUAGCUUGUAAUAUUAUAGAAUGAUAAUUUAACGAAUAAUAAUUGUGUCGCGAGUGAAGUUUUUUAUCAAAAAUAUUAUUCGAUGGAUCCGUAUAACGACGAUGGUGAAGUUCUAACGUGGAAAAAUGUCAGUGCUUGGACGAAGCGAACUAUUAAAAUGAAGACUGAAAUUCAACUUUUGGAUAAUGUAUGCGGAAUUGCCAAGUCUGGUUCGUUGUUGGCCGUUAUUAGUCCGAGCGGUGCUGGAAAAACUACGUUGUUGGCCAUUUUGAAUGGAAGAUAUAAAGGAAUAUUAAAGGCUGAAAUACGCUUGAAUGGUCGGCUCGUUGAUCCGAAUUUGAUGGCUGUGAAUACCGGUUACGUGUGCCAGAAACAUUGUGUUUUUGAAGAGAUGCUGGUCGCUGAGCAUUUAGAAUUCAUGGCUCGAUUAAAAAUGGAUAAAAACACAUCGCGCGAAGAACGAGACCAAACGAUGUUGAAAAUCGUCGAGAACCUGAGCCUUUCGCACAGACUAGGUGUAAGAAUAUCGUCACUAUCGGGCGGCCAGCGUAAAAGAUUAGCUUUAGCAGUUCAACUGCUGACCAAGCCGAAGAUAUUAUUUUGCGACGAACCUACGACGGGAUUGGAUAGUUAUAGCGCUACGAAUGUCGUUAAAUUGUUACGCUUUAUGGCCGAUCAAGGUAAAAUGAUUAUUUGCUCGAUUCAUCAACCGACGUCGGAUAUUUUCGAAAUGUUUGAUUCGGUAUCGCUGCUGGCUUCGGGUGGAAGUUUAGCGUAUCAUGGACGUGUAUCCGAUAUAUCCGAUUAUUUCUCGAGCUUGGAAUUGAAGUGCCCGAGUACGUUCGAUUUGAGCGAAUAUAUCGUUAGCCAAGUCACAAUACGUCCAAAAAGUAUUAAAGGUAGCGAAUUCGAUCGAGCAAAGGUUACCGGAAUAGUUGAAUAUUUUCAUAAUUCAGAAGAACGCGAUGUAUUGGAAAACCUAUUCUCACAGGCGAAGGCUAAAUCCAAAUUGAUUAAUGAUUUUCCUACGAAAAGAAGUAACAUAUCGAGAAUUUCUUUUUUUGUCGAGUUUCCUUGGUUGCUAUGGCGAACAGCUUUAUUAAUUCGCAGAGGAUAUAAAACCUGGACGUUGAGAUUUCUUCUCUAUUUAAUGGUUAUGGGUUGUAUAAGUUUCCCUUAUGGUGUCGUGCAAAUAGAUCAGACCGGAGUGCAAAAUAUUCAAGGAUUAUUGAAUUGUCUUAUGAUGGAGAUUUUGUAUUGUUCUCUGUACGGUAUUAUAUUCACGUUUCCCGAAGAAAUGCCUGUAUUUAUUCAAGAAUGCGCGGAUCGCUCGUAUUCGCCUUUAAGCUAUUAUACGUCUAAAAUGAUUAUUUUGUCAAUUAAGUCAGCUAUUGAAGCUUUCAUCUAUACCAACUUUGUGUUUGGCGUUACCGGCUUGAAUAAAAGCUUAACAGAUUAUCUGCUGUGUGCGAGACCAGUUAUUUUGAUAUCAUUGGUGUCAUCUGCUUAUGGUUUUUUAUUAUCUACUGCUUUCGAAUCGAUUACUACGUCGUCAUUGUUUUCUGUACCAUUUGAACUAGUCAACGGAGUCUUCGCUGGGCUUUUAAUUAGAUUAAAAUCAUUACCAUGGUACAUUGGAUGGUUGAAAUACAUUUCGUUCACGUAUUACGCUUACGAAGCUUUAUCAAUCGAGCAAUGGAACCGAUACAGUUUCAUUGAAUGUGAUAAAGAAGAUGCGACGUUAUGUUACGAUAAUGGAGAUCAGGUGCUAGCUUCCUUUGGAUUUGACAAAGAGAAUAUUUAUUUAGAUUAUUGCGGUUUGAUUGUAUUCAUUUUAAUAUUCCACGUGUUAGGUUUUAUUUUUUUACUUAGAAGAAUCAAAAUAUCAGCCGCUUAUUAAUUUUUUCAAUUUUUUAAUUUAUUUUUCUCUUCGUGAUUUUAAAUGUGUUUGAAUUUUAUAUAGUUUGAUGUGAAAAUUGUAUUUUUUUUUGUUUUAUUUAAUUAAGUUUAAUUUAUCAAAAAAGCGAAAUGCGAUUGUUCGAUGUGCUUAAAUAAAUUCGUGUUUUAUUUUCAA